AUGCUUGAUAUGGGGUGUGAUGGGGGACAAAAAUUCCUUGGAAAUACUAAACCUCCAAAAAGUAGGCCAAACAAAGAAAACGGAACUCCCAACGAGCAAGAUGACAAUGUUAAAGGAUUUGCAACUGUUGAUAAAACUUCGGCUCCCUCUAUUGAAGUCAUCCGUGAAAGAAAACAUGCAAAACAACCUCAGAAUGAGGAUAAAAUGGGUCACAACAAAGUUAAAAAUUUGUUCUUAGAGAAUUGUAGUUCAACUUCAACAAGGGAUCCGAUAGUGACGCGUGCAACAGCGAAUAGAAAGCCGGGUCCCCACAAGAGAACUCCUUAUGAAGACAUCAAUGAGUUGAAAGCUAAAGCAAAUGCAAAAACCCGACAAGUAAUUGCUCACGAGCAGAUUAUGAAGAGAUUGGGUGUCGGUCCAUUCCGGAUGACCAACGAUAUUUCUGAAGAUGAUAGAGAUCUACUAAGUUUGCAUUUUGUUGCAAUCCAUUGGAUCCAAAAUGAACUACUCGUUGACACUGGGGCUGUAGCUAUAGAUCAUCACCAUUUGAGAAGCCUUGCCCCUGGGUCACCUCUCUUUGAUGAUAUAAUCAAUGUAAUGGCAGACUAUUUAUAUGAUACCACCUCCACAAAAUGGUUCCUACCUACGUAUUUUUGGUCGGAAUGCGCCAAGUUCGCACGUCCCAGUGAUCGUAUGACAUCAUGUGCUAGGACACACAACUUUUGUCUCGCAAGAUUUAAUGGGCGACUGAAGGAUUGCAUGCAGAUCUAUAUUCCGAUGCACGAGGAUGUAAUUGGUCACUGGUAUCUUUUUAUUUGUGACAUUUUCCAUAAGAAAGCUGAAAUUUGGGAUAGUUUACCUGAUGCGCGUCACAAUAAGAAACGCGAGAACGAUUGCCAUAUUAGUUACGACUCUAAUGAACAACAAAUGCGACUUGCUAUUGAGUUGGUCCGAAAUGAAAAAAAUCUAUUGUGUGAUGCAAUAACACGUGAAGCAUUGAAAGUGAUGGAAAAUGGAUCUGAUUUUAUGGCGAAGGGGAACAAGAUUGGUAAUGUUGAGGUUAAAGACAUGGAUGUGGCAGAUGUGACCGUUAGAAGAAAGAGGGUUUAUAUUCGGAAACAAAAAAAAUCAGCAGUGACUAUACCAAAAACACGUACAGGCCGCAGUCAGCCUAGACCUCGGCGCCACUAA